AUGUCCGUCAGUGCUGCCUUUGAACAGUAUGUUCGCAAUAGACUACAGAGAAUUCACCAACAAGCUCAAGGUGGCCCUCCAUAUUGCCGCCCAUAUAUCGUACCCCAAAAGAGGCCUAGAAUUUCAUAUAAUCGACUAAAUCUUUAUUGGAUGCAGGACAGUAUGUGUAUCUACCUUUUUCACUUUUCUUUGAAAGAAAUUCAAAUGAUCAGCAGUACGCUUGGACUGCCUUCGAGGUGUGAAUUUGGACAUUUGAAAGUCGAAAGCGAUUUUGGCUUUGCAGUAUUGAUACAUCGAUAUAUUUCCGGUCGAUCCCUAAAAGAUCUCUCACUUCUUUUUGGAAUGAGCCCGACAAGCAUAUCGACUGUUUGCACGGGAAUGCAAAACCUAAUAUACGAUAAAAUAAAGUGGGGGAUUCAAUUUGACACUCGUCAAUUCUCUCCGGCCAACUUGGAAAUCUUUUCCGAAGCUAUACUUGCCAAAGGGGCCUCGUUUCCCAACAUCGUCGGCUUUAUCGAUGGUCUUGUCAAAGAAAACUCGUACGCAAAGGGCGAAGUAGAUUUCACAAGGGAUUAUUACAACGGGUGGAAGCAUUUCCACUCUGUAAAGUUCCAGUCUAUUGUCACUCCGGAUGGCAUAACGAACACCUUGAUUGGACCAUUUGUCGGCCGAAAGAAGGGUCUUUCGCAUUACACGACUGAUAACGCUGAGAAGAGAAUCGAAAAGUACUUGCAGCUCUCACCCAAUCGCGAAGAUUGGUUUGCGUUUUACGGAAGUCCUGCUGGUAUCGAAUGUGCAAACAUAUUCAAACCGUUCGAUAGCGAAACCAAAGAUGAUAUCGAGAUUAAAAGCAAUCGAUGCAUGGCAAAAAAUAUGCUCCACUGUGUCAACAGAACCAAAAGGCACACAAGCACAUUCUUUAAUGUACCUCCACCGAAACUCGAAGACUAUAUUGCUGGCCUGAUGCGGGGGAAAAUUGAGGGAGAAGACGAGGAUGACCCGUUAAUCGUUAAGCUCUGA